AUGACAAAAAUAUGGAGUGAAGAUGAAGACUCAAGGCGUAUCCUUGCGUUUCUCAAUAUAUUGAAGGCAUUGGAGUUUAACCCAGAAUGCACGGCCCUCAGUAUCAAAGAAGAUACGCAGGCUGUGCAAAACUGGCAAUUUGUGAACAGUCUUCGUCUUUGGACGGAUUUAGUUGCCAAGCACGCUGGGUCCCACCAACUUCUUCAGUCUCUCGUACACCCAUUGGUACAACUGCUUGUGGCCACUGUGAACUUACCUCUACUACUCGAUAUUUUCCAAUUGGUCAAUUUCAAUCGUCGCGCCUCCAGUGCGUCCAAAGCACCUCUCGAUCUGCGUCUGUUGCUCCACUUCAGUCCCAGUCAGCGUCGGGAAACUGCGUCAUUGGAUGCGAUAGUCAGCUGGUUGAUUGAUCUACUGACCGAAGCGGCANGUACGCCUUACCAGUGA